CUUAUCCCUUCCCAGGAUCAAGUGAAGACACCAAAGGAAUCCAAAACCAGGACAUCAGAGGCAGCUGAAGACAAAGCAGUUGAGGGUCUAAAGGAAAUACCAGAGGAAGGACAAGAAGGAGUUAAAGCAAGUGUCAAUUCAGAUGAAGAAAUUGAAGUGGAGGAAAUUAUCGAAGAGUCUCGUACAAAGCGUCUCCAGCGCACCACCAAGCAGCAGGUGGACAACAUAAAAAAGGCCUUCUCCAAAGAGAAGAUGGAGAAGACCAAAACAAAGACCAAGGAAAACCUGGAAAAGACUAAGCAGAGGACCCGUGAGAACCUGGAGAAGACAAGGCAGAAAACCCGGGACAAUUUGGAGAAGACCAAGCACAACCUGGAGAAAAAGAUCAACAAACUUGGAACCCGCAUGACCCCCAACAUGGAGCGGAGGGCAAAGAUGAAAAGCUCCAAAGAUAAGUUCAAGAAAUCUCUCACCCCUGAUCACACGGUGUACGCUCGCUCCAAGACAACCAUGUACCGGGUUCCCCCCUUUACCUUUCACGUUAAGAAGAUCCGAGAGGGGGAGGAGGAGGUGGUGCAAAACACAGAAAUUGAGGAGAUGACGGAGGGAGAGGCACCGGAAGAGGGAGAGGAGAAUGGGCUGGGUGUGCAUGUGGAGCUGGAGGAAGGAGAGCUGGUGCAUGUGGAUGGUCCAGAGAUGCAGGGUCUGGUAGAGGUGACCGAGGACUCUCAGCUGGUCCGGCUGGAAGCAGAGCAUCUAAAGAAGGUGGGAAGCGAAUAAAGGCGCCAGAAAGAUAAGAAACGAAUGGGAAGGAAGCAAUGGUGAUGAAUGAGUCUAAUCGAAAGGACACAGCAAUGAUCUUAGAGACUUUUUGAGGUGGUCACAGUCUGACACCUCAUUUGCUCUCUGUUGUGUUUUUAUUGUACCUGACAACGAUGACUUCCAUGUUUGCUCAUAUCUGUCACACAAAUAAUAUAUACAUAUAUAUAUAUAAAAAAGUCAACGCUAGCAUUUAAAGUAGAUUGCUAUGCUGGACUUGUGUGUAUGAAGUAUUUCAAGUGUUAGCUUUUCUUUUGUCUGAAG